AUGUUCAGUACUCCUGGUGAUGAUGUCUUUGUUGACGUUGCACUUGAGCUGUCUGUGAAGGAGGGAGCAGUUAUGUGGCACUCUGAUGGCCAUGCAGUCGCGCUACAGAGACUACUGCAAAUGCAUCAGACCGAAGCCAACAAGUGGACGCGUUUCGGUUACUACAAUUACAAACGGGAUACAUGUGCACAUCUCACCUCCGUCGCAGGAUGUCACAUCACAACACAUACCACACCGCUCGGACAAUUCAAUGCAACCUUUGUCCAGAUGUACACAACCGAUAAAUGCCUUACCUAUGACAUGCGGGCAAGCAAUAAUGCCAAGUUUGUUACAGCAGUUAAUCUGAUGAAGAAGUCAAAGUACACAUACAAUGAGUUUCUUGGGAAAUUGUACGGUGUCUUCGCAGAUGCAGCAUGGCAUAACGAUGUACACGCACGGAUUGAGGCACGAGUCCCACUGGCUAAUGCGGAAGAUGUGUUCGCAGAUGUUCCAGUUGCGAGCUUCUUGGAUCUGGUGUAUUGUGUUCCACGACAAGACUGGUGGUGA